AUGGGUUGCACUACUGCAAAAAUUCACGAGCCUCUAAGUUAAAGACUUAGGGAGAAAGCAAGUGAGAUUUUUAAAAAGCUUGAUAUCAAAGGGACCGGAACUAUCGACAAGGAAGGAACUGAAUAGUUUUGUCCAAUUUUGCAAAGUUAAACACAGAAGCACUAUUUGAAAGCAGUUGAUUUUGACAAGAGUGGAGACAUUACAGAGGACGAGUGGAUGGCAUUUUGGGAGAUUGUAAAAGAAAAUGGGUACUCAGAGGAAGAAAUAAAUAUAGAAUUAGACGAAUUGAUGGAUGGCAAAGCUUGGGUAUAAUUCAAAAGAGUGGACAGAUUCUUAAAGAUAGAUGAAAAGAGAAGAGGUUCAAGGGUAAAGUCGAUUGUGUAGGAAGAAAAGAGGAGACUCUCUAUCAUCUAGCCAGCACGAUUAUAAAAGAGCAAGACUAUGUAAAGUGAGGGACAUGACAUGCAGUAAGAAAUUUAACAAUAAUCUUGA